CUUAUAACUGACAAAAAUAUGCCUGCUGAUUCCGGCGACAGGCGUUCGGUUCGGAUCCCGGGGACCAUGGGGUCGCACCCAGCUGUCAAACUCACCGACCCGCUGCCCUGCCCUAGGUGUGAUUCGACCAGCACCAAGUUCUGCUACUACAACAACUACAACCUCUCCCAGCCUCGCUACUUCUGCAAGUCGUGCCGCCGUUACUGGACUCAGGGUGGCACCCUCCGUAACGUUCCCGUCGGUGGUGGCACCCGCAAGGCUUCCAAGCGUUCCCGGAGCUCUUCCGGGCCAUCUCCCUCCGUCGCAACUUCGUCUUCCUCGAACGUGAACCACGAAGCCGAGUCUGUCCAUAUGGCUGUUAACAACGCCGUUUCGGCGGCCGGAGCUAAACCGGAAGUGGGCUUGGCCGACGUUAAUUUGAAUGAAACUGUGGAUCUUACCGUGAAUGGAGGCUUCACUUCGUUCUUGAACUCCCAAGGAGAAGGGUACCUAACACUAGGUGGAUACGGGCUUGGGGCUGGUUAUGGAUUCGAUGGGGUUUGGGGAUAUACCAAUAGUGGUUAUCUCGGUGGUUAUAGUGGCGGCGAUGGCGAUGAACCAGGUGAUGCUGUUGGUGGAACCACCGGGUGUAAUACAUGGCAAGCCACAAGCAAUGUUGAAGGCGGCGGAGGGCUAGUUGAUGAGGAUUGCUUCGCUUGGCCAGGCCUUGCAAUUUCUGCACGAGGGAAAGGUCUGAAAUGAAAAAGGCAUUUCAUGUGUUUGUUUUCCAGUUUGCUUGUUACUGUUUAGUGGGUUUAUCGUUUUAUUGUGAAGUUUCUUUGGUGGGUAUAGAGAGAGAGAGAGAUGAUUAAUAAUACAAUAGAGAUGGUUUCAGUGUUUCUUAAGAGUGUCGUUUUUUGGGGACGACGACUCUGUA